GUUUCUCGACGAACACGUGAUCUGCUGAGCAGUCGAUAUGAUUUUGAAUAUCGUGACCAUAUUGAGGUUAAGGGUAUCGAUGGUGGGAUGGAUACAUAUCUUUUGGUUGGCAGAAAGGGUGAACCACCUAUAAAUUUCUGCAGUCAAUCUGGACCUUAG